CGGUCGCGACUCUGCUCGGACAUCCGAAAGCAGUGAAACCUCGAACAAACCACUUGAACCCGCGAAAUCGGUCACGUUUCGCGUUCCGUGCCCCGUUGCAGUCGCCGUCGCGUCGUUUCUCGCCAUCGGUUCAGAAAUAUUUCUUACCCUCAGCAGUGUAGUGACACGACCGACCAGCAGUAAUUGCAGAAAGCGAAAAAUGGCGCCCCUCGUAUCGUGCCAGUGACUAUCAAAAUCGAUCGAUUUAGGAGUAGGGCUCGGCCAUUCGAUCGUAUUGUUUUGAGUGAUCAGUGCGGGGGAUGGGUAAUCAACCAACCAAACAUACCGGAAAGCCGAAGAAGGCCGUUCACUGGAAGUCAGCAGAGCCGCCUUCGCCUCCGGGCAAGCCGAUGCUAGUUCCGGGAUCGCCCAGCACUACGGCACCGGAUGUUGUUACACUUCGAUGGAAACGACCGACGAGCGAUGGCGGUUCGCCAAUUCUUGGAUACAUUGUUGAGCACCGGCGGACAGGUUCACCGCACUGGGUUCGUGCCACUGCCCAGCUGAUUCACGCCACUGAAUUAUCUCUGAGUGGACUCGAACCGGGAUGGCGCUACCAGUUCCGAAUAACGGCACAAAACAUCGUUGGGCAGUCCGAUUGCAGUGAGCUGUCAGAUCCAUUGACAGUGACACUACAGCGAGCUGCCAUUGCACCGCCGCGAUUUGUCCAAGAGCUCUACGAUACCACUGCCAUCGAGAAUGAGAAAAUGGAAUUUAGAGUUUCCGUUGCAGGAAGCCCUGCGCCUCAAAUCAGCUGGUAUAAAGAUGGCUUUGAGAUAUUCAGCAGUCGUCGAACACGGAUCAUAACCGAAGGAGAUCUGAGCAUACUGAUCAUCCAUCAAGUGGCAUUGACCGAUGAAGGCGAGUUCAAAUGUACUGCUACGAAUCGUGCGGGUCAUGCCAUUACCAUCUGCAGUCUAUCUAUUGAUGCAUAUCCCAAGAUCCGACUUCCCAGACAGUACGAAGAAGGUCUGAUCGUUGAGGCCGAUGAAGUCAUUCGACUAAAAGUAGGCGUGGCUGGUCAACCUAUCCCGAUAGUCGAAUGGAGCCACAAUGGUGAACUUAUACCAAAUGAAGGCCGUUACGAAAUCGAAACAAACGACAAAAACUCAUCGCUUCGAAUCGCCAACGCUGAAAGAAGCGAUCGCGGCGAAUACAACCUCCGAGCAUUCAACAAACUCGGCGAAGAUUACGCCUCGUUCUUAGUUACAGUAACUGCCAAACCAGAGCCUCCAAGCAGAAUUCAGAUCACCUUCGGUCUCGGCAAAACCAUAAUUCUUAGUUGGUCUGCCCCUGAAGACGACGGAGGCUGCAAGAUUGGUAACUAUAUCGUAGAAUAUUACCGCGUCGGGUGGGACGUCUGGCUCAAGGCAACCACUUGUCGGCAACUAACAACCACCCUCAGCGGACUGUUCGAAGGCUCCCAAUACCGUUUUCGAGUGAAAGCAGAAAAUCCAUACGGCCUUAGUGAACCAUCUGAAGAAUCUGACACUCUAUUCAUCCCAGAUCUGAAGCGAGGAAUCAACAGUGCCACCCAAAUUCCGGAGCCCGGCGAAAACGCACCCAACCCGCCAACGCUACCUCGUAAACGCAGAGAAGUGUCCCACUCGCCGCCCAGAGAAGCCGAACAGAUCAAAAAAGUUAAAGCCUUCACACCGGAAACCUACAGCCGGGACGAAAUCGUUCGCGAAAUGUCCUACGGGACGCGGGACGAAGAUUUCUACCGGCCCAAACAACCCACCGAACCACUGCCGAAACCACCAGCCGUCAUCAUUACCGAACCGGCACCCUCACCGAUACGUGAACCCGCUCCGCCACCACCGAAAUCGCCAUCGCCAAAACCCCAGCGACCCCAAUCAUUCGCAUCGCCAUUAAAAGCGAUGGAAAAAUUCUCCAAAGAAGCCAGCCCACUCUUCAAACGCCCGUCACCUUCGCCCUCCCCAACGGAAAACCAGUUGUCCCCUCAGCAGCAACAGCAUCAGCAGCCGACGUCCCCGACUGAUGCCGCCACCUCGCCGACCAUACACAACAGUAGCGAGUUCAUGUUGGUCCUGUACAACGAACAGGAAGCGAAAAAUAACACACCCAUCGAUAAUAGUAAUCAAACUAAAACCGCCACAAACGUGCUUCCUGUGCGGUCAUUGCUGUACUUCCAGCUCUAUCGGGAAAAAUAUUUCACUCGACGCCUUUUACAAUCUGCUUACAAUCGCCCUGCAAACAUGCGUCCACCGGUUCGUUCCCUUUCGAUCGCAUCCGGAAACUCAACCUUCGAUUUUGAGCUGGAAGAUCUGGCCGCUCCGCCUCCGCCACUUUCGCUGUCCGCGCCGGAGCUCAACGUGGAGCCGCCGCCAGCACCGGGAAUGCGCCCGGCCGUGAGUUCAACGGAGCUACUGUAUGAACGUGCGAUGGCUCGAUUCUACCAAGCCGUCGCCUUGGAAGAAACUGAAAAUCAACGCAAGGCGGCAGAACGAAGGCGAAGCAUGAGUGCGGCGGAGCCAACCCAGCCGCAGUUGCAACCGCAGGAGACUUCGGCAGCAACGAACCGUUUGUCGGACCGUAGAAGCAGCCUUCGUCGGCGUUUGUCCGGGGAUAAGGAAGCGAUCGUUAAGCAGUCCAGUUUCGAAUCGCAACAUUCCAGCGCCGUGGACGAUGUGAUACCAGAGGAGAAGGAGGAGAUUAUGAAGGAAGAAGAAAUGGUGGAAGAAGCGAGAGAAGCAACAGAUGCAUUAGGUAAGUUGGUAGAUUUGGACGAAGAGUUGUCAAUCUCUUCAUCAAUGGAUUCGAUGCUGGAGGAGUUGAAGAGGAGAGAAUCGGCGCGAUCCAGCCGGUCAAGGAUCAUGAGUGACGAUGAGGAAAUGGAAACCUAUCAUCCGGGUCAAAGAACGAUUUCUCCGUAUCGGAACCCAGAUCCAAGCCAGGCGAUAGAGGUGCUAACGAAACCUUUGCCAAUGCCAGAUCCGAAUUUCGUUCCAAAACCCAUUUUGAAGCGACCAUCAACGGAGAUUUUGACAAAGGAUGAGAAAGAGAAAAAGGUUGCCCCAAGUAAACCGGAGCGGAGAAGUUUGACUAAUAUCUUUGAUCGUAAGUCUCCCACAAAAGAGGAGCGAAAGCCUAGUCCAAUUCGUAGCCCAACCCCUCCUGUAGUGGAAAAGGAGAAGACGCCUGAGGUGGAGGUUAAGCAACCAGCAGCUCCAGAGCCUGCAGAAAUCAUAAGUGAAAAACAACCCCCUUCGGGACAGGAGAUCAAUACGGCAAUUAGAUCGGAAGUUGCUCGCCAGAGAAAGCUAGAAUCCAGGCAGAGUUCGAUCGAAGAAUCCAAAGCAGUGGCUGAUUUCUACAGCGACAUCGUGCAGCAAGUUGAAACUGCCAAGAAACCUCGUCCUCUGCCGCUCUACAUGAAUCCGGACGAGGUUCGAAAACUGAAUGAAAGAGGACGUUCUCGUGAAGCUUCUUUCGAACGAUCACAAGGCUCCCGCGCAGAAUCAACUUCUCCUAUGCCACCGGAAGAAAUCUAUCGGGUUCAAAAAUCUCGUUCUCCAUCACUGAGUUCGGAGCAAAUUGUAACCAAGGGUAAACCGGCCCGAGAGAGUCGAAUUCUGAAGCAACGAUCGGCUUCGAUCGAAAACGAUGGUAGCCGACCAUCGUCUGCAAUGAAGGAGCAUCCUCCAUCUCCACAGACCCGACCGGAUACUGCAUUUAGACCAAGUGGCGCUAAUGAUGAACCAACACGACGUAGUCGACCUACGCGUGAGUCCGCAGCGAUCGCCAAGAAACGAAAUGUUUCUCAGACACGCUCCCGCAGCAGUUCAGGCGUUCGCGAAGGAGCAAACGCUCCAGAAAAGACUCCAAUGGACGUUGCUAGGCGAGCUCGGCUACGUAGCGCCACAUCACCACAGAAAUCUACGGCUGUUGAAUCCGCUCCAGAACUUCCAAAACCACCAUCAACGCCUUCCGUCCCACCAAGUCCUUCUAUCCCACCAACUCCUUCGGUCCAAUCAACUCCAUCGACGCCCACGGAACAACCUUCCCUUCAUGAGCCACGAUCGCGCUCCCAGUCCACAGCUCCUGAUCCAGCGCCCGAAGAUACCUCCUAUCAAUCCACCGUGUCCUAUCUAACGGAUGUGGCUUUGUUUGCCCUUGCCUGUUGGUUGUACUUUUUCAAGAACCCCAAACUAGCGAUCCCGAUCAUCGUGCUGAUCAUGUAUCGCCAUAUAAGCGAUGCUGUCCGGCAUCGAUUGCCACCGUGGAUGAAACGAUCCCUUAGCUAAUCGAGCCCCCAGCUUGGCAUCCAGCAAGCAAUUCGAUGAAAGACAUAAUCUCAAUAGCAACAGCGAGAAAACUGAUGCAGACGGAUAUUUGCAGCAGGUCUGAACAUUUGGACUACAUGUUUGAAUACUUUUUUAUUUAUCUAUAUUUGUUUUGGAUUAAUGAGGCACCAAACGAUAUUUUGUUGCACUCGCACAGUGUUUACCAGAAAGAAUGUAUAAUCAUUUUAAUGUAAUUUGACGUCUACAGAUUUAAGGAAGGAACGAGACCGCUCGGGAACGCGAUCUGAAAUUUAGCAAAUGGAUCAGAAACUGCCAUGUUUGACAGGUGCUGAUACCAUUCGUUAAAUUGAACUAAUCGAACUAUUUUUUAGCUAUUAGAAAAAUAUACACGCAAAAAAAUCGAAAAAUAAUUGCACAAUAACAUUACCAAUGAAUCGCACUCAUCAUCUGUAUAUGAUUCGAAUUCAAGCCGCCAUAUUUGUUUACACACCAAAAUAACAGUCACUCCGUCAGAAAAUUUCAUUUAUUGCAACCUCCCAGCCCUAUAUUGCACGAGUAUCAAAAUGGCUUCUGGUGGCACCGCACCUCGCAAUCUGAGAGCACGUCCUACGAAAUAUGACGAGCUGAAAAUGCAACGCAUUGACUGUUUAUUAGAUAGCAUGCACAGAGAACCUUUUUAACAGUUGACUUCAGCAAAUACUUUGCUAGCGACGUUCUCGAAAAACUGCGAGCCAGAUUUACGAAACGUAAACAGAUGCAGCGAAACCGUAAAGUUCGAUGUAAUUUUAUAUGUUAGUCCAUAGUUAAGCAAAUCAGUUGUUCACGUUAAGCUUUUCAUUGUUAAAUGUGUUGUAAGAAAAAGCCAAAAAAAAAAAUACACAAACAUCGACCAAAGAACGAAAUCUUCUCAUUGAAGGUAUACAUCGCGCACAUUCACUAAAUGACUGAAUGACAAAACCACUAAAUCGUACAUAUGAAUAUUGAUGACGCAAGAAGUUCAUUCAUUCAUACCAAAUUUUCUCAAAAUAAACACUGAACAAUUAUCUUUCGUUGUAUUUUUUGGCAGACAUCCAGGGGGAAAACAAAAAUGUAUAUUAAAAGAAUACCCCACAAAAGGGAAAGCGAGAAAUAAAUUUGUUCUUAAAAUAAACACAACAACACCGA